AGCAGUGCUGCUCUGCUCGUCUUCGUCUUGGCGGACCUCCCAAUUCACGCGCUUCUAUCAGAUAUUGUGGGCACAUGGCGGUUCAGCGUUAGUGCUGAGGAAGCAGACGAACCCAUGGCCUGCGGCGGCGGCGCCCCAAACAUGAAUCUCGAAAACCUCGAGCCCAGGAUCGAAGACUAUUACUCAUGGCUAACACAAGAAACUGGUCUAGGGUUGACCACGAGACUAGUUCUCACUGAUCAGCGCUCUAUUCAAACGAGCACACCAACUCGAAAACGGUGGAGCUACUUAGCCGUAACGCUGCCAAAUAGUCAAAAGCAAAUUGGCACGUGGAGCAUGGUUUACGACGAAGGGUUUGAAGUGCGGAUUGGAGCAAAGCGAUUUUUUGGUCUCAUGAAAUACCGCACGACCGGUGGAGAAAAGUGUACAGCUAGAAUGAAUGGAGAUUCCGAAGAUGUUUUUGGUCGAACAAAAUGCUAUGCGACAGACUCCUCAAAGCUUCACAUGGGCUGGACCGUAAAGGAGGGCCGCGAAGGGGAUAAAACACGUUACAAAUGGGGGUGCUUCUAUGCUGAAAAGGAGAGCCCAACAAAUACCGAGGAGUCAUUUGUGAUGUCUGGCCACGGUUACGGCUUACCUGUGCUGCCAGCAAACCUAUCUGCGUCUUCUUUUGAACACAAGCACAGCUCAUGGAUUGCGGAUCACAAGCAGUUCAGCAAUAUACCACCCGACGAACUGGCAAUGUAUAAGGGCCAUAUGGGCUACCAGAAGUAUCAUAAGAAGUUAGAGUAUGCGCUGCCGAAUUUCCUUCAAAAAGACAGCGAUGGUGAGUUCACACCAAAUCUCUUCCUAGCCCGAUAAGCAACUGCUGACGCAGGCAAGGAUGUUUCUGACAAGCCAUAUGCGUGCGAGGAUCCAGUCAUGCUCCACGCGGAGAAACCCUCAGCUCCCCUCCCUACCGAGUGGACAUGGGGUGACCCCUUUCUUUCUGUGAAUUACGACCCGGAAUCUGACCCUGUGGUGAAUCAAAGGAACUGCGGCAGCUGCUACGCCGUUUCUGGCGUGUAUGCUCUGCAGAAACGUUUUGAAAUCCUCCUCUCCAAGCUGUUUCCAAACAAAAAGACACCGAUAUUUUCCUCGCCCCUCUCUGCGCAGACCGUCCUAAGCUGUUCACCUUUUAACCAGGGCUGCGACGGGGGUUACCCUUUCCUCGUCGGGAAGCACGCCAAGGAAUUUGGUGUGGGGACUGAAGACUGCCAGAAGUAUCUGGCGACACACAGUCCAUCGGAGGCACCCUGCCCGAUGCACAUGGGAAACUUUCUCCGGUCACCUAAGGAAUCUGAGCCGGGAUGCGGCCCAGAGGAUCGAUGGUACGCCAAAGACUACAACUAUGUCGGCGGGUUCUACGAGGGGUGCGACGAACAGAAGAUGAUGGAAGAAAUUUAUAACCAUGGGCCGCUGGUUGCCGCCAUUGAUGCACCAGACGCGUUGUUCCUCUAUGAUGAUGGAUUUUUCGACACGAAGCCAGCCGAUCAUGGGAAGCUGUGCGACUCUCCCCACAAGGGGUUCACUGGGUGGGAGUACACGAAUCACGCAAUAGCCAUCGUCGGAUGGGGUGAAGACCCCCCUAGAAUGCCAGGGAUGCCACCCCGCAAGUUUUGGGUAGUGAGAAAUACGUGGGGCAACGAAUGGGGGCGUAAUGGCUAUGUAAAGAUGAAGCGCGGGGAGAACCUGGCAGCAAUAGAGUCUCAGGCUGUGGCAAUCGACCCGGACUUGACACGGGGGAGAGCAGCUGACCUUGUGAAGCAGUUGCGGGCCCAGAUGGCAAAGGAAAGCCCCUAA